UGUCAGCUUCAAAACCAUAAAAUUUCUUUGUCACAAACUGUUAACGAAAAUGCCAAAUAUGAGGCAUUAAUUAGUUAUUACCACUAUGUUAGGUUUGCUAGUCUUAAUUACUUUAUUGAAUUCCACCUCAGAAAAGGGAGAAUGUUUUAGUAUUAAGUUAGGUUGAAAAAUUUGCAGCAGACUUUGACAAAAAUGAGUCACUGUUAUUGCUAGUGGUCUGUAACUGGUUAAUUGGAAUGUUGAAAUUUGCUGCUCAAUUAGGCCAUUUUCUCCAUUAAUUCAAACAGAUCAAAGACUUCAAGGCCCCAACUAACACAUUAAAUUUUACUUUUAUUUUUAUUUUUUUCCUGCAAGAAUCAAUUUUUUUUCCUUUUAAUCCCCACCAAUAUAUCAGCCUUUAAUCCCUUUUGCAAAAGUGAUUGGUGAAAGAUUGUACUGUUGUUUCCCCUUUCCUUGAUCAUUUUUUUUAACAGCUUCAUUUCAAGAAAAGUGAUACUUACUUACAAUUUCACUCAAGAAUUUGUAGCUCCUGCAGAGUUAAAAAAAAGAGAAACAAAAUGAUUUUAUUUUCUUUCUUGAACAAAACUAGUCCUAUGUUUUGUCUGCAUCACUGCCUUCUCAUAACUUGAUUAGUACUAUAUGUGGGUCUGAGGCUUUCUCGCUUUAAGCUAGGCCAAUGCAAUUAUGCAAAAUAUAUUCUGCUUUUUCUGUAAAGCUUGUUUUCUUGAUUGAAAAUGGGAAGGUGAAUUAAUGUUUCUUGAGCUUUGAAGUCUGUGUAUUUUCUGCUGGGAGAUAUGAAGCUGCAGUUGAGUUUUGUGAUCCUCUGCUCUUUCUUGUUUCAAGAAUCUGAAGGCCUUGGUUUGGCAUCAUCUAUGGCCUCUAUGCUUCUUCCCAUCAAAUUCAAACCUCUUGAUCUUAGUCUCUAUGGAGGCAGAAGCCGAUUUCUGUUUCAACUAAACGCUCAUCAUCCCAAAUCCUUCCAUUUCCAUGCUCCUCAUCCUUCAACUAGAGUUGCAGGACCAUCUCCGUCUCCGUCUCCGUCUCCAUCUUCAUCUCGGGUUGGUUGGAUUCAUAAAGGGCGCCUUCCUUUGCCUGCAAUUCCAUCCAACCAUUUAAAAGGGCCUACUAUCUCUCCAACGAGCUCUCCUUUAGCAACCAACAAGAAGUCUGUACCACCAUUACCAAGCAUGGCACUCCCACCUCCUCCUCCUAACAAAGGAUGUGUGUCGGUGGCAUGCACAGAGCCGCUGACCUUCACCCCACCGGGAACAGCGUGCGCUUGCGUUUGGCCUAUUCAAGUGAGACUCCAAUUCGGCAUCUCUCUCUAUGCAUUCUUCCCUAUGGUAUCCGAGCUUGCUCUACAAAUCGCCGAGGCUGUGCCGUUGGAUCAAAGCCAAGUUCGGAUCAUGGGAGCAGACGCAGUCGAUCCAGAGCUACAGAAAACUACUGUUGUCAUCAAUUUGGUGCCUCUGGCUCAGCCAUUCACAUCUGCUGCCGCCUUCUCCAUUUACAAAAAGUUUUGGACCAAAGACCUCUCCAUCAACACUUCCACUUUUGGUGUUUAUGAUGUCGUAUAUGUUCACUAUCCAGGCCUACCGGCAUCUCCACCAGCGUGGCCUUCGAGCUCCGCUACGAUCGACGUGCAGCCUGAUCCUGGCGGCCGGAGUGGCCCAAUAAAGCCUCUGGGAGUAGACGUGGCGAGGGUGAGGAAAAACCAGUCAGCCAACAACAUCAUCAUUGUAAUUGUGCUAUCAUCACUCACAGCUUUUGUAGUGUGUAUGGGAUUUAUUCUACUAGUCCUCUCAAAAUGCCGCAACGCUAGGGAAACCCAUCACCAAGGCUUGAUACCACAGGAUGGAAAGCAAUCGGGUGGUGGACGGUUGGUGACGUUGAGCUCGGCCUCAGUGUCGUUCAACUCGAGCCUCAUGGCGUUCACAGGGACCGCGAAAUUGUUCAGCGUGGAGGAUAUAGGGAGAGCCACGGAUGACUUGGAUAGCUCAAGAAUUGUGGGUGAAGGAGGCUUUGGGCUCGUAUACGGCGGCACUCUCGACGAUGGGAGGAAGGUGGCCGUGAAAGUUCUCAAGAGAGACGAUCAGCAAGGCGGCCGCGAGUUCCUUGCAGAAGUGGAGAUGCUGGGCCGGCUGCACCACCGGAACUUGGUGAAGUUGAUAGGCAUCUGUGCCGAGGAGCACUCUAGAUGCCUCGUCUACGAGCUCGUCCCCAAUGGCAGCGUCGAGUCUCAUUUACACGGAGUUGAUAAGGAGGUUGCUCCUCUGGAUUGGCCGGCUAGGAUGAAGAUCGCCCUCGGUGCAGCCAGGGGUCUGGCCUACUUGCACGAGGACUCAAGCCCGCGGGUCAUACACCGGGACUUCAAGUCCAGCAACAUCUUGCUUGAGCAUGACUACACACCUAAAGUCUCUGAUUUUGGCUUGGCUAGAGCAGCCAUGGAUGAAGCACACAAGCACGUUUCCACUCAUGUCAUGGGGACUUUCGGUUACUUAGCUCCAGAAUACGCGAUGACGGGCCAUCUCCUGGUGAAGAGCGACGUGUACAGCUACGGCGUGGUGCUCCUGGAGCUACUAACAGGAAGAAAGCCAGUUGAUCUAUCUCAGCCUUCAGGGCAGGAGAAUCUGGUGGCGUGGGCUCGGCCUCUCCUGGCAACGAGGGAAGGUCUGGAGAUGAUCAUCGAUCCAUCGCUAAAGUCAGGUGUGCCGUUGGACAAUGUGGCUCGAGUGGCAGCCAUAGCAUCCAUGUGUGUGCAGCCCGAGGUGUCCCACCGCCCCUUCAUGGGGGAGGUGGUCCAGGCUCUGAAGCUCGUGUGCAACGAGCUUGAUGAGACGAGGGAGCCCGUGUCGAGGAGUGUCAGCCAAGAUGACUUCUCUGUUGAUGUGGAGAGCUGCAAGCAGAGCAGGAGGUUGAAUGAGACCAAGGUAGCGCUGUCGGCUGUGGAUUUGUCGAGCUCGUCGGCUGCCUUUCAAGGCCGCGAAUCGGAGUCUUUUAGGAGGCAGUUCAACUCUGCUCCUUUGAAGAUGGAGAGGAAGAGGAAAUUUUGGCAGAGGUUGAGGGGAUUGUCUAGAGGCAGCAUGAGUGAGCAUGAGUAUUCCUUGCAACUAUAGUUGACUCUCUCUCUCUCUCUCCCCCUCUAUGAUAUAUGGUAUAGGUUAAGGUUGGUGCAGCAUUGAAAUUCCAAGACUUUGUCUUUGUAAAUUGUGAAUUCCAUCGCUAGACUUGGAAGGAGAGUUUUACAAGUCCUUUUUUGAUGUUCAUCUUGUUUAGAUUUGGAAAAAUUGGGAAGUUGUUAGAUUUUUCUUAUAUUUUAAAUGUUUUGGAGGGAAAUUUAGGAGAGUUCGUUAAAUCCACUUCACUUGUAAAUUUUUAAUAAUGAUGAUAAUAAUACUUGCUUUCAUUCGUUUGGUGAUUC